UGUUCUAUGUCAACUGUCAAAAUGUCGAGCAUGUCGUUUGAUUAGUAGAUAUCAGAUGUCAGCACUGUUUGUAUUUUUCAUAAUUUAAUUUAAUUAAAAUCAUUUUCACCGUUAGUUAUGACCUAUACAGAAGAAUACAUAAAGAAUAAACUCGCAAAAGAACUCGAAGCUACUCAUGUGGAAGUAACAGACCAGUCAGAUGGGUGUGGAGGGAAGUUUGAUUGUGUGAUUGUUUCGGAAAAAUUUAAUGGAAAACCGCUGUUGGCGAGACAUAGGUUAGUAAAUUCCGUACUCGAAGAAGAAUUAAAGACCAUCCACGCCUUUUCACAAAAGACUUUUACACCAGAACAGUGGAAGGAGCAGCAAAAGUAACAUAAACAUGUUGAAUAACGCACUUUCGAAAUAUCAAAAUGUUAAAACUUCAAAAAUUAUCGUGUCAGCUCCAGGAAAAGUUAUUUUACACGGUGAACACUCGGUGGUACUCGGUGGUUUAUGGAAAGCUAGCUUUAGCAGCAAGUCUAGGUUUAAGAACAAAAAUAAUUCUUUCGGAAAUAGAUGAACCCGAUGCAUUCGAAAUCGUGUCUCAGGUGUUGAAUCAUAAAUUUGAUUUGCAGGAAAUUAAAUCGGUUCUGCUCGAACCUCUUCCACUGCUUGUAGAUAAAAAGGAUUUUAAUUGGGAAUAUCCGAAUCUUCUAAAUCACGAAGAAUUAGUGCGCAAAAUCGAUUGUUUUCUAAAUGCUUCGAAUUCGAGCUUAUCUAAUAUACACCAAGUAAUGUCUGCUAAAGCUAUACUCUAUCUUUGUGCCGGUAUUAUUGGAUCCACUUCUACAGAUUUAAAACCUAUAGAAAUUAGAAUCAUCACUGGUUUAACUACAGGCGCGGGAAUGGGCAGUUCCGCGUCGUUUUCGGUUUGCGUAGCGGCAGCUUUAGUGCAAUACGUAAAAAGUCAAAGAUCCGUAAACAGUUUUUCCAAACAUUCAUUCAAACCAUCCCACUGGAACAUCGAUUUGGAUUUUUUCAACGCGAAAGAAUUAGAUUUGAUUUGUCAUUGGUCCUUUUGCGCCGAAAAAAUUAUACAUGGAACUCCGUCUGAUGUUAUUAAUCCAUUAGUUAUCCAAUUUUUUCAAAAUAUUUACUGAUUUUAAAGUCGCAAGCUGAUAAAGUCAAAUUAGGAGUUUCUAGAAAUGUCACACUGCCAUCUUUAAAUAUUCACUGUCUUAAAACUAAUGAAGAAAAACAUUUCAUACUUACAGAAACAUUUAAAAAACUGUUGUUAAAAUAUUUGUUUGAGAACAGCAUUCCAAAAUGUUUACUGAUUUUAAAGUGGCAAUCUGAUAAAGUCAAAUUAUGCGUUUUUAGAAAUGAGACAUUGCUAUCUUUAAAUAUUCACUAUCUUAAAACUAAUAAAGAAAAACAUUUCAUACUUACAGAAACAUUUAAAAAACUGUUGUUAAAAUAUUUGUUUGAGAACAGCAUUCCAAACUGUUUACUGAUUUUAAAGUGGCGAUCUGAUAAAGUCAAAUUAUGCGUUUUUAGAAAUGUGACAUUGCUAUCUUUAAAUAUUCACUGUCUUAAAACUAAUAAAGAAAAACAUUUCAUACUUACAGAAACAUUUAGAAAACUGUUGUUAAAAUAUUUGUUUGAGAACAGCAUUUUAAAAUGUUUAUUGAUUUUAAAGUUGCGAUCUGAUAAAGUCAAAUUAUGCGUUUUUAGAAAUGAGACAUU